AAAAUUUGGCUCCAAAAUCCAAAUUAUUAAUGAUAACUUGACAUUACGUUGAAUUUUUAUUUUUCUAGUCUGUCUUCAAUGAAAGCUAAUCUAUGAUUUUAUGGUGUGGACUUCAGUAAUAUUGUAAUAAAAUGUAGGUAUUUUAUUAUUAUACCUAUCACGUGGAAAUAUUGAGUAACAAAAUGUAUAGUUUUUUAUUAUUAAUAUAAUUCACGUUUUUCUACUAUAAUACACUGUUGUUUAGAGACAAAAAUCAAGAUCAAUACACGACCGCUUAUAAUUUAUAAUGACUGGGAUUAAACAAGAUGGACAAAAAAUGAAGAAGAAAAAGAAAAAAACCAAGCUACCAACUAGAAAUGAAAUUGAAUCUAAUUAUUCUACAGCCUAUCCAUUGAAAUGUAGUUUAGUCCCCGUAUCACCAAAAAAAAUCCUGUAUUCAGAAACCAGUGACAAAUAUUUGAAUUGUGACAAAACAGAAGAUUCUUAUUUACAUAAAGAUAGAUUUUCAACUCAUAUUUCUAUUGCAAAUAUUUCAGAAGUCGAAAAAGGAUUAACAUUAUUAAAAAAGAAAAAGAAAAAGAAAAAGGAAAAAGGAGAUAAAAAAAGGGAACAAAAUAAUAAAAAAAAGAAAAAAAAGAAAGUUGCAUUGAAGUCAGAUGAGUUUAAUACUGAGACUUGUAAUGAUAUUUCCAAGAAUAUAAGUAAAAACAUAAUUGGUGCUACCAAUUUAAAUAAAGAUGAAUUGACAACUUGUAUAUCUAUUUCGAAUGCUACAGAAGGAGGUGACAUAGAAUUUAUAUCAAAAAAAAAGAAGAAAAAAGUGAAAAAUAAAAAAAAGAUGCUUAAUAAUAAUUAUUUAGAUUAUAAUAAAGUUAUAUUGAAGACAGAAAAAAAACAAAAGACUCAAUCAAACAAGGAUUGUAAAGCGGAUUUUGGUUUGAAUGAACAUAAGAAAAAAAUUCGAAAAGCUAAUAAAGAUAAAGCUGUUACUAGCAUUACUACGUCUAUUACAUCAAUAAAUGAAGAUGAGUAUACAAGAUUAAAAAGGAUAGUAAAAAAAAUUAAAAAGGAAAAGAAAAAAAAUCAACAGAUUCAACUUAUAAACAAUUUAAAAAAUGAAAAUGAUCCGAUUCAUACAAAGAAGAGAGCUUACAGUAAAAAAAAACUAGAUGAGUGCAAUGAAAUGCUUUUGGAUUUUAAUAAACCCUUCAAAAAAAUGCAUAAUUUGGCUGCUACUUCCUUGUAUACUGAUUAUAUUAAUGUUUUAAAAAGUCCAUCAAAGAAAUUUAAUAAAUCUAAGUUAGCAACUGAAGAAGAAACUGAGAUGUCAAAAGAUGAAACUAAAAAUAAAAAAAAUAAAUAUUCGAAUGAAGUUAUAUCUGAUGAUUGCUCAAAAGAAAUAAAUAUUGAUACUGAAAUAAUUAACAGUACUCAUGAUUCAAGAACUUCAAAAGACCACAAGGAUCCCUCCAAACUGUUACAUAAAUUAUCAAAGAAGAAGAAGAAGAAGAAAUCUAUAAAGGCCGCGGAGAUCAGUACAGAAAAAAUAUUAACGAACAAAUCGAACAAAAGUAAACGACAGACGACUGCUAAGGAAUAUUCGGCAAACAGUUACCCCAGGUCAGCGGACAUGACGGAUAAGAGAACAUACGAUAAUAAUGAUCGUGUUUCUAGAGAAGACGGCAUCAUAGCCAACACAGAUUUAUAUUUCAGCCGACAUUAUGGUAAAGAGUCAAACAUUGCCAACAGCUCAUCAACCAAUCACGAUAGUGUUCAUGUAGGGAAAUCUUCUCUCGGUUGUGACGUUUGCUUUAAAACGUUUAUUAGCAAAUAUAAAUUAUGUGUACAUUAUAGAACGCAUACCGGUGAGAAACCAUAUGCGUGCGACAUUUGUGGACGAUCAUUUGCGCAAAAAAUCGCUUUAAUUGUACAUUAUAGAACGCAUACCGGUGAGAAACCAUAUGCGUGCGACGUUUGUGGACGAUCAUUUGCCCGAAAAUUCACUUUAAUUGUACAUUAUAGAACGCAUACCGGUGAGAAACCAUAUGCGUGCGACAUUUGUGGACGAUCAUUUACGGAUAGAAGCAGUUUAGAUGUACAUUAUAGAACGCAUACCGGUGAGAAACCAUAUGCGUGUGACGUUUGUGGACGAUCAUUUGCGGAUAGAAGCAAUUUAGUUGUACAUUAUAGAACGCAUACCGGUGAGAAACCAUAUGCGUGCGACGUUUGUGGACGAUCAUUUAUAGCAAAGAAUGAUAUGGUUAAACAUUAUAGAACGCAUACCGGGGAAAAACCAUAUGAAUGUGGCUAUUGUGAAAAGAAAUUCUCACGUAGCUCUCAUCGUUUAAACCAUACACGAAAUAUUCAUUUCAAAUGUUUUUAAAUUAUUCAUUAUUAUUUAUAUCACUAUCAGCCAUAGCUCAUAAACGAAAUCAGCCUUCAAUCACACCACUGAUCCAGAGCAGGAUAUCACUACAUCAUAUGCAUGAAGCUCACCGAAACGCUUAUAGGUACAUUUCGCCGUUCGGUAGUUCAAAACGAACAAGAAGCAAAACCUUAAAGCUAGUUCUGUCAGUAACGAAUUUCCGUUGUAUUUUUGUGAAUAAAAAAUUGUUUACAGCUGAAAUGUGGUACCAUUAAUCACUGACGUCGUCGUUUGUUUCAACUCGUUCAUCAGUACCUAAAUAUAAAUUCACAGCACACCCAUAGAAAGUGUGCUUUACGUUGUCCUUAAGUACAUUUGAAAAAUCACUUUAGAUUCACGUACCUGCAGUGACAAAUCUUAUUCAUAAUAUGACAUCCGUUGCCCUUGUCCGUGCAAAUGAUCAAUGAGUAUUUUGGUACGACAUUUCAAAUCGCACACACUACGUAUAUAGCUAUCAUAAUACAGCAUAAUAUACCCAUGACACGCUGAUAAUGAACUACAAAUAGUUAUAUUAUUAACUCGAUAUAAAUUUGGAUAAAGCUGUGGACAAAUACUUGAUAUGUAUAUGAACAUAUUAUUUGGACUCCAUCCACAAUGUACUAUCAAUGAAAAUUGUCUAUAUUCAAGAAGGCGUUUAUACACUAUAAUAAUCAGAUAGUGGUUUGACUAAAAUUAGAAAAUAAUAUAAUGUACAUAUUUAAACAGUAGUAUAAUUUAUUUCAUAAAAUAAAUAAAGAUAAAAUUAAUUUUUUUAAA